CCAAGAUUUUGCUGGGCUGAACUUUCUGAUAUGAUUACUAGAGGAAUUUCACAUUUUCCAUGCUUUUAUUUACAUGGCAGUGGCUAAACCGAAGGCAUGCUCUCCAACUGAGGGCACAACAGAGGAUUCCGGUCUCUGAAUACGGGGUUUUGGUUGACAUGAUUCGUGUGCCUGACUGGGCUUUCGAAGCGGUCGGCUUGGAACUGAGAGGAAUGGGCCAAGACACUGCAUAUCAUCCUGGCCUUUACCUGACAACAGCCCAGAGGGAAGCGGUGGAGGCUCUGAUCCAGGAGCUCGCCAAGUUCAUGCUGAAAGCGGUGCCGACGGACUGCACCGAGUGCCCGAUCUGCCUGGAAGAGUUCAAGGUGGGGAACGAGGUGCAUGGCCUCCCGUGCGCGCACAACUUCCACGUGGAGUGCAUCGACCAGUGGCUGCGGCUGAACGUCAAGUGCCCGCGGUGCCGCUGCUCAGUGUUCCCCAACCUGGACCUGAGCGCGCUCAAGGGCAUCCGCUCCAGCAGCGAGAUGCUGUAG